AUGUACGUGCGCGUGAAGCGGGCGAGGACGACGAUGUUCCUGCACGUCGAGCCCACGGAGACGGUGCUCGAGCUCAAGGCUAAGAUCCAGCUCGCCACCGACGGCGACGACUGCCCCGGGGGUUAUCCCCCGUCGCGCCAGAAGUUACUCGUCGGCCCGGGUUGGCACUCCGCCCUGGAGGACGCCAGGCAGCUGCAGGAGCUCAAGGUGGAGAACGACAUGUGCAUCGCGCUCGUGCUGCUGAACAAGGUGGAGCCGCCGGAGGGUUCGCCGGAGGGGACGGAGCCGACGGAGGAGUGGGAGGAGGUGCGCAUCGAGGAACCCGGCGCGUCCGAGCCCGCGGCGUGA